AUGGCGGUUCCUUUCCUGAAGACUUUUCCCCGCCGGCGCAGGGUGUUCUCGGUCGUCCUGCUCUUUACUUUUAUAUGGGCAUUACUUCCCGUCGAAAGUUUCAACCCUCCCCGGAGAGUCUUGCUAAGCGUUACCAAGGCGUUGGCAGGAAAGUCCAGUAUCGAUGUUCUGGAGUUCGUGGAUCCUCUCAUUGGCACGGUGAACGGAGGCCAUGUCUUUCCUGGAGCAACUCUGCCUUAUGGCAUGGCCAAACCAGUGGCGGACACCAAUAAUUAUGCUGAGGCGGCUGCUGGAUUCGUAUCUGACGACUCGCUAAUUCUGGGCUUCUCUCAGCUCCAUGACUCCGGAACCGGAGGUGCCACUUCCAUGGGCAACUUUCCACUCUUUCCUCAUCCAGGAUGCCCGGAAGAUGACUUCAAACAAUGCCGUUAUGUCGGCGCCGACCGAGCUAUCUCCCGUCUCAUCGACUCUGCAACAGCGAAACCAGGAUACUUUGCCAUCGGGCUGAAUAACUCAGUGUACGCGGAGAUGACGGCAACAGCACACACGAGUCUCUUCCGAUUCAAUUUCCCUGUAGAGGCCGAGGUACCCUAUGCAUAUCCCACAUCUGGAAUCCAGGAUACACCGCAAACGGUACCUAAUAGCCCUCUGAUCCUUCUAGACUUGAUUGAUCUGGGAGGCAGUCGCUCAGGUGGCGAUAUCAAAGUCAAUAUGGCUACGGGCCGCAUGGAAGGAGGCGGCGAAUUUCGCCCCUCGUUCGGCCACGGCCAAUACAAGGCUUACUUUUGUGCAGACUUCCAGGGCGCCGAGAUCCGGCGAACAGGCACAUUCUUACGUGCCAAUGCGACUGACGGAGCACAGGCUCUCGGAAGCACAUACGGCACUACCCGGCUAUCGCAAGGGUCUGCCGGCACAUGGAUCCAAUUCGCUCAGACGCCUCAGAAUCAAAUUCUCGCACGAGUAGGCAUAUCCUUCAUAUCAGCUUCCCAAGCAUGCCAGAACGCCGAGCAGGAGAUCGGCGACUUCGAUUUCGCCAGGGUGGUGGCAGCUUCCCAAUCGGCAUGGCGCGAUAAGCUCUCCGUGAUCAAAGCCGACCAUACAGGUCUCAACGUGGAUCUGUUGAAAACGUUCUGGUCCGGUUUGUACCGAACGAUGUUGUCACCGCAGAACUACACGGGCGAGAACCCGCUUUGGGUGUCGGAUGAGCCGUACUACGAUAGCUUUUACUGCAUCUGGGACUCCUUCCGGGCACAACAUCCUCUUCUGACUAUCAUCGACCCGGAGACGCAGACGGAUAUGAUACGCGCGCUAAUUGACAUCUACAAGUACGAAGGGAAGUUACCGGAUUGUCGCAUGAGUUUCAGCAAAGGAUACACCCAGGGCGGAUCGAACGCCGAUGUGGUUCUAGCCGAUGCACUCAUUAAGAAUCUGACGAGGGGCAUUGACUGGGCGUUAGCAUACGAAGCCGUCGUAUCGGACGCCGAAGAAGAACCAGCCGACUGGUCAAUAUCCGGACGAGGCGGGAUCGAGAGUUGGCGCACGCUGGGCUACAUCCCUGUGGACGACGACGAUAGAAAUGGCACAGGCCCGCUCAGUCGUUCUAUUUCGCGCACGGUUGAGUACGCAUACGACGAUUUCACCAUCGCGUUAAUGGCGCGCGAGCUAGGGCACAAGGCGGACGAGAAGAAGUAUCUCCAGCGGAGCGGGAAUUGGAGGAAUCUGUGGCAGGCCGAAUGCGAGGACCGUUACCAAGAUAGCAGCACGGCUGAUGUAAUACUUGGAUCUGACUUCCGCGGCUUCUUGCAGCCUCGGCGCCGAGAUGGCACGUUCUCCGAGCAGGCGGCGCGGCUUUGCAGCCCUGUGUAUGAACAGCACAUUUGCUACUUCGACACGAGCCAGUCUACGUACGAGGGAAGUCCGUGGUUGUACAGCUUCUACGUACCACACGACAUGGCAUCCCUGAUCAAACUCAUGGGAGGACCAGAGCUCUUCGUCUCAAGACUAGACUACUUCCACUCCUCUGGGAUCAACUACAUGGGUAACGAGCCGAACUUUCUCCCAACCUUCCAGUUUCACUACGCCGGCCGUCCCGGACGCAGCGCAUACUGGGUGCACCAGUACAUACCCUCUCUCUUCAACAGCAGCGUGGCCGGCAUUCCAGGCAACGACGAUUGUGCCAUGGGCGCCUUCUCGGCGUUUGCGUUUAUGGGGUUCUUUCCCGUCGCGGGCCAAGAUGUGUUGUUGUUAACGCCUCCUCUAUUCCGUGAGGUGAGUAUACGGACGCCCGACGGGCGCGGUUGGUCGACUCUGCGCAAUGUGAAUUUCGACCCUGAGUACAAGGAUAUGUAUAUACAGAGCGUGAAGCUUAACGGAAAACCGUAUACAAGGAAUUGGAUCACGCAUGAUUUCUUCAGGAAGGGUGGCUUGUUGGAGUUCGUGCUUGGACCAAAGGAGAGUGGCUGGGGGACGCAGAAAGAAGACCUGCCGCCUAGUUUGUCAAUGGGGAUGUUUUGA